GCCGCGCAGUGCGGCAGGGAGGUGAGCGGCUGCUGGCCCUGAGGUUGGUGGGUUGGUUGUCUGUCUCGCGGCUGCUGCCGGGUGGGGCAGUUAGGGAGCCUCCCGCCUGCAAGCAUACUAGGGAUGCCCGGCCGCAGGAACCUUGAGCCUGGGGAGCUGCGCCUGGAGCCUGCACCUGCCCUCCGGGGACGAGCGCAGAAGGAGGAUAUGGCCGCCAAGCCGAGGAAGAAGCGGCCUCAGGUGUCAGUGACGUUCGAGGAUGUGGCCGUGCUGUUCACCUGGGAUGAGUGGAAGAAGCUGGAUUCUUCCCAGAGAAUCUUGUACCGGGACGUGAUGCUGGAGAACUACAGCAACCUGCUCUCACUGGGACUGCCAUGUACCAAGCCAAAUGUCAUCUCCCUGUUGGAGCAAGGAGAAGAUCCCAUAGAGGAAGAAAGUCCUGGAGGCUCCUCUCUAGGAUGUAAGAGCAGACUUAAAACUAUAAAGUCAACACAAACUCAAGACUCAUCAAGUCAGGAACAGAUGAAGAAAAGGCUCAAAGGGGAUAAAUUCAGGGACCUCAUAUCAGGAAAACACUGUAUAUAUGAAGACAGAUUAAAGAAACCCCAAGACAAAAAUGAAUGUUUACAAAUAGUUUCAGACUCUCAUAUGAAAAACCUCAGUGUAGACAGAAGCCAUAAAAACAUUGAACCUGACCAAAACUUGAGCCUGAAGUCAGUCUUUGUUAAAGCACAGAGGAUUGCUAGAGAAAAAAUAUCCUCAAAAUAUGUAAUACAACGAAAUACCUUCAAGCAGAAUUCAAGUUUACUUACCCAACCAAAAGUCAAGACAGCAGAGAAACGCUAUAAAUGUAAUAAAUGUGAAAAAGCCUUCAUUCACAAUUCAUCCCUUCGCAAACAUCUGAAAAAUCACACCGGAGAGAAACUAUUUAAAUGUAAAGAAUGUUUGAAAGCCUUCAGCCAAAGUUCUGCUCUUAUUCAACAUCAAAGAACGCAUACCGGAGAGAAACCUUAUAUAUGUAAAGAGUGUGGGAAAGCCUUCAGCCAUAGUGCAUCCCUUUCUAAGCACCUAAGAACCCAUACUGUGGAGAAAUCCUAUAGGUGUAAAGAAUGUGGCAAAUCCUUCAGCAGAAGGUCUGGCCUUUUUAUACAUCAAAAAAUUCAUGCUCGAGAAAAUCCCCAUAAGUAUAAUCCAGGUAGGAAGGCAUCAAAUUGUAACACAUCUCUUUCUGGAUGUCAAAGAAACCUCAGAAAGAAGUCCUAUUUGUGUAAUGAGUGUGGCAACACUUUUAAGUCCAGUUCGUCCCUUCGUUAUCAUCAGAGAAUUCACACCGGAGAGAAACCUUUUAAAUGUAGUGAGUGUGGGCGAGCCUUCAGUCAGAGUGCAUCUCUUAUUCAGCAUGAAAGAAUCCACACUGGAGAAAAACCCUAUAGGUGCAAUGAAUGUGGAAAAGGCUUCACUUCUAUUUCACGACUCAAUAGACACCGAAUAAUUCAUACUGGAGAGAAACUGUAUACUUGUAAUGAAUGUGGUAAAGCCUUAAGUUCCCACUCAACACUGAUAAUUCAUGAGAGAAUUCAUACCGGAGAAAAACCUUGUAAAUGCAAAGUGUGUGGGAAAGCCUUCAGACAGAGUUCAGCUCUCAUUCAGCAUCAGCGAAUGCACACUGGAGAAAAACCCUACAAAUGUAGUGAGUGUGAGAAGACAUUCAGAUGUAACUCAUCCCUUAGUAAUCAUCAGAGGAUUCAUACUGGAGAAAAACCGUAUCGGUGUGAGGAAUGUGGGAUGUCUUUUGGGCAAAGUGCAGCUCUUAUUCAACAUCAGAGGAUUCAUACAGGAGAGAAACCCUUUAAAUGUAACACAUGUGAGAAAACUUUUAGACAGAGCUCAUCCCUUAUUGCACAUCAAAGAAUUCAUACUGGAGAGAAACCCUAUGAAUGUACUGCAUGUGGGAAACUCUUCAGCCAGAGGUCAUCCCUUACUAAUCAUUAUAAAAUUCAUAUUGAAGAGGACCCUUUGAAAAUAGAUUUGCAUAAAAUCUAUGAAUGUAAUGAAUGUGGGAAAACCUUCAGCCAGAGCUCAUCCCUUCUUAAGCACCAGCGGAUUCAUACUGGGGAGAAGCCCUAUAAGUGUAAUGUUUGUGGGAAGCACUUCAUCGAACGCUCUUCCCUCACUGUACAUCAAAGAAUUCAUACUGGAGAGAAACCCUACAAAUGUAAUGAAUGUGGAAAAGCCUUCAGUCAGAGCAUGAAUCUUACUGUGCAUCAAAGAACUCAUACUGGAGAGAAACCGUACCAGUGCAAAGAGUGUGGAAAAGCCUUCCGGAAGAAUUCAUCCCUUAUUCAACAUGAAAGAAUUCAUACUGGGGAGAAACCUUACAGGUGUAAUGAAUGUGGUAAAGCUUUUACCCAAAGCAUGAAUCUUACAGUGCAUAAGAGAACUCACACAGGAGAAAAACCCUAUGAAUGUAAGGAAUGCGGGAAAGCCUUUAGUCAGAGCAUGCAUCUUAUUGUCCACCAGAGAAGUCAUACUGGAGAAAGACCCUAUGAGUGUAGUGAAUGUGGAAAAGCCUUUAGUAAGAGCUCAACUCUUACCCUACAUCAGCGAAAUCACACUGGAGAAAAACCCUACAAAUGUAACAAAUGUGGGAAAUCCUUCAGCCAAAGCACAUACCUUAUAGAACAUCAGAGACUUCAUUCUGGAGUUAAGCCUUUUGAAUGUAAUCAGUGUGGAAAAGCUUUCAGUAAGAAUUCGUCUCUUACUCAGCAUCGGAGGAUCCACACUGGAGAGAAACCUUAUGAGUGUGUGGUGUGUGGAAAACAUUUCACUGGACGAUCGUCCCUUACUGUACAUCAGGUUAUUCACACUGGAGAGAAGCCAUAUGAAUGCAGUGAAUGUGGGAAGGCCUUCAGCCAGAGUGCAUACCUUAUUGAACAUCAGAGGAUCCAUACUGGUGAGAAACCCUAUGAAUGUGGUCAGUGUGGAAAAGCCUUCAUUAAGAAUUCAUCUCUUACAGUACACCAGAGAACGCACACAGGAGAGAAACCCUAUCAGUGUAGUGAAUGCGGGAAGGCCUUCAGUCGGAGUACAAAUCUUACACGACAUCAAAGAACCCACACGUGAGGAAAGUUUCUGUUGGUCCCUUCAUUAUGAUUAACUCUUCAGUUAUAAUUAAGUAAAUUAUGUAAUGGAGAAACCAAUGAUGAAAAUUGGUCUUGAUGAUGAGAAUCUUUUAGUUAAGGUAUAAUAUGCCAUAUUGAUGAUACAGACCAGGGCAGAGAAACCAUGUCAAAGUGGAGAAAUUUUGACUCAGAAGGUAACAAAAUAUUAUGUUUCAGAAGGUUUAAGUGGCUAACACUAUAAACGUGAAGACUGAUGCUGAAAAUAAGUCCUGUGGUAUCAUACUGCAGAUUUUUCUCUGGAUAUCUGGAGAGGAAAUGUCAGAAAGUUUAACUCGACUGUCCAAAGACCUGGUAUGUAGUCCUGAACUACUACUCGCUUGGACAAGUCACCCACAUUCUCCAGGUCAUGGUCUCCUUACCUGGUGAAUUAGGGAGUUUGGACUUACAAGAUCACUAGGACCCCUAUUAGUCAACAUGCUACAAACCUAUGGCAACAACACUGAGAAGUCCUUGAUCUUUUACCCAUGUAUAUGUUAUCCAGAUGCUUCUGUUCCACAGUCUGGUUUCCCUGGAUGUUUUGGAUCAGAUUUCUCUACCUCUACAAAUUCCUCCCCCUGCAUUAUUUUCUUUCCUAACAUAUCCUAAUUCCUCCUAGGUGAUGAAAUAAUUGUACAGACCUUAAUGCAACAGCAUGCUGUUUUGAGUUUUCAGUAGUCAUUAAACUGUUCAAUAGUAAGCUGAUUGUUUACAAAGCAAUUAACUUAAAUAUAGUCUAGUUAUGCAGGAAUCAUAUAAAUGCGUGUCUUUGUGUCAUAUUCUGACUGUCAAAAGUGGAAGGAAGAACAGAAGGGAUUGAACACUAAUGGAGGUGGACAUUUGGAUAUUAACAAAGUCUUUGCAACCCAAAGCACACUCAAAAUUGUCAGGGAUAUUUUCUAGAUCGGGCACAAUGAGAGAAGUUUAAGAUUGCAGUUUAAAUUGGUACUGUAAUGGAUGGGGUAAGUGGAGGCAAGAGGAAGCAGUAGAUGCUGAGGGGAAUAAACUGCCAAAGAAAAAACAGAAACAAAAAUCAGGAGGUGAGGGUGCCACAGAAGUAAAAAGAGAACUUUAGCAUAGGGAUGGGAAUACUUCUGCUUAUUUUCUUUAAAAGGUUUAUUUAUUUGAAAGGUAGAACAAGGUGGGAGGAGAGAGAGAGAGAUCUUCCAUCGGCUGGUUCAGUCCCCCAAUGGCCACAACAGCUGGGGCUGGGCUAGGCUGGAGCAAGGAGCCAGGAACUCCAUCAGGGUCUACAUGGUUGGCAAAGAUCCAAGUACUUAGCAGUCUUCUGCUUCUUUCUUAGGUAAAUUAGCAGGAAGCUGGAUUGGAAGUGGAGGAACCUGCUGUACAACAAUGCUGGCCCUUAGGGAAUAGUGAAUCUAUCCAAGUGGUAUAGAGGAUAAAGGAAGAUGCUUUAAAACUACAGUAAAUUGUAGUGGGUUGGAGAGUGAGUUAAAGAGUGAAAAGGACUUAGCAGCUUUCCUGAGAUGGGAGAUAUUUAGAUAGAUCACCCUAGAGGUGAUUGGGUAAAGGUUGAGAAAGAGCAUAUCAGAUCAGCUUUUGGCUACAAUUAAUGGAAAACCUCAUCAACUAUGCUGUGACAAAUGGGGAUUUAUUUUUCUCGUAUAACAAAUCUGGGUGUGACUGGCAUUUGUUCGUCGGCAAAAUAAUUCAGUAGACUUGCGUGUCAUGGGGUUUCUAUCAUGAUCAUUUGAUGGCAACUAUGACCAAGUAAAAUACCUCCAGUCCAGAUAUGAUGCAAAGCACUGGCAGCAUCUGGCCUUUUAUCAGAAUCAGUUUUUCCAGAAGCCCCUGGGCAAACUCCUGCUUUCACCUCAUGGACCACAGCUAUUACCUGUAACCCCUACCAACAAGAGAGGCUGGGAAAAGAAGUAUUUAGCCCUUCCCAACUCCAUAGUGAAGGUGAGCAAAGAAAAGCAAGUUUGAGAAUGGCAUUGCUUUAGGCAGCUGAUGGUCUGCCAAGGAAUGUUUGUGUGAUUUAAGAAGGCACUGAGCGUGUUUAUAAUUGAAGAGUCGCGGGAGAGUAGGAAAGUGCAGCAAGCAGUAAGAGUAUAGCUCACAUGAUGCACGCUGGGAGCGGCAGGAAUCUUUGUCAACAGUAGGAAGGAAACUAUCCUCUUGGAGAGGUAGGGAUGAAGAAAUCAUGGGAGGAAGUUGUGGAGGAAGUGCCCUUGUUUGGACCUUAGGCAAUCCAAAGUCUGUCUGGGGCUGUGUGAUUCCCCAGGGCCGUCUCAGGGUUCGUACUUGACUAGUUUUGAGUCACUGCCCCCUCCUUAGCUUCAACGCCCUUUAUUUCUCUCCUUGUCCUGUGCCUCCCCUUUGAGCCUUUAUUUUGCUGCUGUCAUUUUCAUCUACUUCUACCCAUACCUUCUCUGCCUUUCUUCUUUCCCUUUAAUUCUACCUGUUGACAUCAGGUGAACAAAAAUAUGAGAAAGGAAAAAGGAGACUUAUGUACAUAACGGAGAGGUCUCCUUAACAGUCUGACUGCUGAGGACCCAGUUAGUUUAGUGUUUCACUCUCCCUUCUCCCACACCAAUUUGAACUCCACUGGUUUCUAUUUCAGUGCAGUCGGGGAGCUCCAGGCUAGGCACAGAGUGAAGAGUGUGUAUGUUUAUGGUGGGGGUACGUGUGCAGAAGAGUACUUAGCUCAGUGUUGGUGACUUGCCUCCACACUGCAAAAUGAGGCAAAGGGAGACACCUGGACAGCAUAUUCAGAGGAUAUGGGUCUGGGAGAGAAGACCCUUGUUAUCAAACCCUCCAGUUAAGCCCAUGCCCUUCAUUUUGGGGUCCAUCCUCAGUACAAGUGUAGUUUCUAUAAUAUUUGAAAAUUAUUUUUCUUGUGGCUGAAAAGGCAGUGUCACAAGACCUUGCAGCACCAAGGAGCCAUCAGGAGCCGAGGAUGCCUGCGUGCUCUCAUCUUCUCUCCAUGGCCUGCCGCUUCCACUGCAUGGGCUGCUGUGGACACUUGGUCCAUCUCCUCAGUGAAGCUUGGCUGCUUUUGCUUACAGUUGAAUGUGCACAUGACCCAGAAGGUCAGCAUUAACUCUCCUACCUAGGGACCUUUCAGCUUCCUUCUGACCCCUAAGUCUCUCUCUCUCUUUUUUUUUUUUUUU